AUGGCGCAGUGUGAGCGGUUGAAAAUGAUGUCUGAGAAUGGGGUUCGUUAUUCAAGCGCAAGCGUUCCAAUACAAUCACGAUCGAUACAAGUUUGCGCUUGUAAUAUCAUCGAUGUGCACUUCAAAAAACGACCAGUUGAGUGGUUCGCCCAGGGUAUUGCUCCCAACAUGUAUGGCCAAGCUAAAGUAGAGUGCUAUCGGCAGUAG